UUUGCAUUAUCAAUCAUAUCAACCCUGACCAAUAUGAUGGCUUUUGCAACAAUAACUAACAAUACAAUGAAUAAUGAUAACAACAUUUCUAUUGUUCAAAAUUUACAUCUAAAUGAUUAUAUCGCAAAUAAAUUCAUAGAAAAUCAAACCAAACAAAAUGAUUUAAUUAUUGAAAUUCAAACUGAUAAAACAAAUAUAGAUAGUGUUAAGGAUGAUGUUGAAGAAGAUGAUGAAAAUGAAAGGCAAUCCGAAGAAUCACAUUUCAAUCUAUGUGAAUUGAUGCGACAACAACAAAAACAACGAUGGCAACAACCACCAGUCAAAACUAAUCACAACAGAUUGAUUACAACAAAAACCCUUGACAAUUUUCAUCAGCAUAAUUAUUAUCAUAGCCAUAAUCAUUUUCAUUCUUAUAAACACCAGCAAAACAUUGAACAUCAACGUUCUCAGCAACAACGUGAAAUCAUAACCUGUGGUAAUAAUGAUGAUGAUUCUUGUUUCUAUUUAGACACCAAAUGUAAUGGAGUUUCCGAUUGUCCAAAUGGUUUUGAUGAAAGUAUCAAAAUGUGCGGUUGUAUGGAACAUGAAUUUGAAUGUAAUCAAACAUGCAUCGAUUCAUUACUGAUACGUUGUGAUACAAAAUUUGAUUGCCAAGACGGUAUCGAUGAAGAUAAUUGUGAAACGUAUGUCUGUCCGGAAACACAUUUUAAAUGUAACAAUCAUUUUUGCAUACCAACGGAAAAUGUAUGUGAUUUUCAAGAUAAUUGUGGUGAUAAUUCCGACGAAGAAGCUUGUACUCAUCGUGCCUGCUGGUUCGGUGAAUAUAAAUGUGAUAAUGGCCAAUGUAUUCAAGCAUAUGGUGUAUGUAAUGGCCAAAAUGAUUGUAUCGAUGGUAGUGAUGAAAAACAAUGUAAUCCUAUGGAUUUUGUUACAUGCAAUCAGACCGGUAUACGUGUACAUCGAAGUCUUUGGUGUGAUGGACGACCAGAUUGUUCAGUGUUCCAUGAAGAUGAACUUGGAUGCCGUGAACAAUGUCAACCAAAUGAAUUCCGUUGUUCAAAUAGCAGAUGCAUUCCAUUGGGAAAUCGUUGUGAUACUAUUUGCGAUUGUGCCAUUCAUUGUGAAGAUGAAUUUGAUUGUGAUAAAUAUUAUACAAAAAUAGAUGGCGUCAAUUAUUGUUCACGUAAAACGACCAUCAGUUGUUCAUUAUCAGAUGACAAUCAAUAUAUUGAUCGCUGUUUAAAUAAUCAAUAUGUUUGUAAUGGAUAUAAUGAUUGUCCACGAUUAUUUGAUGAUGAAUAUGGAUGUCCAUAUGGUGGUUACACAGAAGAAAGUUGUUUGAAAAUGGACGAUCAUUUUUGGUGUCCUAUUGAACAUCGUUGUCUUCCUAAAUCUGUCCGCUGUAAUCAUGUUCAGGAAUGUUUUGAUGGCUUUGAUGAAUUAAAUUGUGAUACAAAACCUUGUAGGUCCAAUGAAUAUAAAUGUCUUAACGGACAAUGUAUUGAUCAAGAAAAACGUUGUAAUUCUAAAUUCGAUUGUUAUGAUAAAAGCGAUGAAAUCGGCUGCCGAAAUCAUACAUGUCCACAGACAUAUCGUCGUUGUAGUUCGGGACAAUGCAUACCUGCAUCACAAUGGUGUGAUUAUUUCAACGAUUGUCUUGAUCACUCGGAUGAACAGAAUUGUCACCAUAAUUUAUCUUUCAUCUUUGCAUCAUCAUCCAACAACUGUGAUCAACAAACACAAUUUCGCUGUGAUAACGGACAAUGUAUACCGGCCGAAUUUCGUUGUUUGCUCACAUCAGAUCCAAGAAAAAUUUGUGCCGAUCGCUCAAAUUUGAAUGGCUGUCGAAAUUUUACUUGUCCAUCAUCGACUAGUGUUAAAUGUGCAGGAAGUUUUUGUGUCGAUUCUAUUCUCAAAUGUAAUGAACGUCUGGAUUGUCCUGUAUUGUCCGAUUGGGCUGAUGAACAAUUUUGUCCAUUCUAUUGUUCGGAUAGCCGUUUAUGUCAAUGUAUCGAUACGACGAUCAAUUGUUCUGGACAAUCAUUGCUUACAAUACCGGGAUCCAUAGAAGAUCAAAUUCUACGAAUGAUUUUAAAUGGAAAUCAAUUGGGUCUCAAUCUAACAUUAAAUAUGUUUAAUCGUUUUGAUCGUAUGCAUAUGAUUGAUCUUAGCAACAAUCAAAUACAAUUUAUCCCACCAGGAUUAUUUCGCAAAUUAUGGAAAUUACGGAUUCUACAUUUACGAAAAAACCUAGUCGAAGUGAUUGAAUCGUAUACAUUUACCGGUCUACCGAAUUUAGGAACAUUAAGCCUAAACGGAAACCGUAUACGUCUGAUACGUGAACAUGCAUUCAGUGGUCUGGCAUCGUUGAAAACAUUAGAUCUAAGUAAUCAACGUAUAACUUCAUUACAAAAGAAUUCAUUUUCAGGCCUUCGUUCGUUAAAAAACCUUGAUUUGUCUUAUAAUCAAAUCAACGAACUUCCUGAUGGCGUUUUCUCCGGUUUGUCAUCUGUUAUAUCUAUAGAUCUUCGUGGUAACAAAAUAAAAUCGGUCGGUUCAAAAGCAUUUCAAGGAAUGAAUGCAUUGAAACAAAUUACAUUCGAUGAAUUUCGUUUUUGUUGUCUGGUACGACAUGUAAAACAAUGUUAUCCAGAACCCAAUGAAUUUAGUUCUUGUGAAGAUCUCAUGUCUAAUACAAUUCUACGCAUUUGCAUAUGGUGUCUCGGAUCAAUUGCAUUGAUUGGAAAUAUGUUUGUCAUAUUAUGGCGUCUUCGUUAUAAAACGAUCAAUCGUGUUCAUUCGUUUUUGAUCAUCAAUUUGGCUCUUGGUGAUUUAUUGAUGGGCAUUUAUUUGUUAAUAAUUGCCAGUGUCGAUUCAUACUAUCGGGGCAUAUAUUUUAUUGUCGAUGCACGAUGGCGUCAAAGUUCGUUGUGUCAUUUUGCGGGUUUUCUUUCUACACUUUCAUCGGAAAUAUCAGUUUUCUUUCUUAUUGUCAUCACUAUUGAUCGUUUGAUAACUAUAACAUUUCCAUUUCGUAUUUAUCGUCUUCGUUCUAAAGAUGCCAAAUUAAUCAUCAUUUCUUUAUGGCUAAUUGCCAUCAUUAUUUCUGGUUUGCCCCUUAUACCUGUCGAAUACUUUGAUAAUUUUUAUGGUCGUUCUGGAGUUUGUCUUGCGCUACACAUCACUCAUGAACGUCCAAAUGGCUGGGAAUAUUCUGUGUUUGUUUUUCUUGUUCUCAAUUUAAUAAGCUUUACAUUGAUUUGUGGCUCGUAUCUUUGGAUGUUUAUUGUUGCUCGGAAAACACAAAAAGCUGCUAAAUCAAAUGGUCGUAGAUUUGUGACAACCGAAACAAAAGUGCAAAAUCGCAUGGCACGACGAAUGAUGUUUAUUGUAAUGACAGAUUUCUGUUGUUGGAUGCCCAUCAUUGGACUUGGAAUCGUUUCAUUAUUUGGCGUUAGAAUUCCACCACAGGUAUUUGCCUGGAUUGCCGUUUUUAUUUUACCAUUGAAUGCAGCCGUCAAUCCUACAUUGUAUACUUUAAGCGGAUUACCGCUUCGUCGAUCAUCGAGUAACGGUCUCAGUAAUCAUAUUUAUUCUUCACGAAAACCUGGAUCUCCAGAUUAUCAUCUAAGCUUAAGCAGUCAUGGAACACAUUGUGGCAGCUGCAGUAACAAAGACAGUAAAAAUUUUUCCAAUUUGUCUCGAGCAUCAAGUAAUGGAGCCCAAUUUGGAGGCUAUUGUAAAAGUCGACGACAUUUUGCCGAUAAUAAUCAUCAAAAUCCGAUGGUUAAAUCUCCAUUACUUAAAAUGCCAUUGCAUUUGCAUACUGAUAAUCAGCAUAAUCUUUAUAAUGAUGUCCACAAUGAAAAAAACAACGAAUCCGAGCAAGAGGAAAAUGAUGAUACAAGUUAUUUAUGAUGAGAAAUCAUUUCACUUGAAAAG